AUGGCCCAGCCAUCUCCAAGCCAUCCAGCUUCAACUCCAACUCCAGCUCUACCUCCAGCUCCAGCUCCAGCUCCAACUCCAGCUCCAGCUCCAGCAACAGCUCCAUUUCCAGCUCCAGCUCCAGCUCCAUCUCCAUCUCCAUCUCCAGCUCCAGCUCCAGCUCCAGCUUCAGCUCCAGCUCCAGCUCCAGCUCCAGGUCCAGCUCCAGCUCCAGCUCCAGCUUCAGCUCCUGCUCCAGCUCCAGCUCCAACUCCAACUCCAACUCCAACUCCAGCUCCAGCUCCAGCUCCAGCUCCAACUCCAACUCCAACUCAAACACAAACACCAAUCUCCAGCUCUCGCUCCAACUCCAACUUCGACUCUGACUCCAACUCCAACUCGUCAUUACGAAGCUUGCAUAUACAUUCCAGUGGUGCGUCAGCUCCAGCUCCAGCUCCAGCUCCAGCUCCAGCUCCAGCUCCAGCUCCAGCUCCAGCUCCAGCUCCAGCUCCAGCUCCAGCUCUAGCUCCAACUCCAACUCAAACACAAACGCCAAUGCCAACGCCAACGCCAAGCUCCAGCUCUAGCUCCAACUCCAACUCCAACACCAAAACCAAAACCAAAACCAAAACCAAAACCAAAACCAACACCAACACAAACAAAAACACAAACACAAAUGCCAAUGCCAAUGCCAAUGCCAACGCCAACGCCAACGCCAACGCCAACGCCAAGGCCAAAGCCUAUGCCAAUGCCAACACCAACACAAACACCAGCACCAACUCCAACUCUUACUCCAACUCCAACUCAAACACAAACACAAACAAAAACACACAAGCUCAAACGCCAAUGCCAACGCCAAUGCCAACGCCAAAGCCAAUGCCAACACUAUCACAAAAACCAACACCAGCACCAACGCCAACACAAACGCCAACACAAACACCAACUUAA